UUGGAUUCUGCCAGUGCGCAACUGCUGCGUCGCUUCAAGCCUGCACCGACGGAAGCUCCGAGCGGCCGCGGCUCCUGCAUGCGCACGGGGUUGUAGGAGAGAGAAGAGAGGGGGGCCAACGAGCUGGGCAGCGUCGGUCUGCGAAAACAUUUUCAUAUUUAAGAGAGGAAAAAGGAAGGAGAAGCGACAGGGAAGGGCGGAAAGGAGCGCACCAUGGCCUCAAAGGAGAGCACAGCUGCGGGCUUCGUCAGCGUGAGCAAAGAAAUCACAGAGAGCAUCAGGAAGGUGUUGGAUAAACAGGCCAUUAAGUUUGUGCGAGCCAUCAAGCAGGAAACCAGGAGCGGCAAAUCGGAGGACAGGAUUCUGGUCCUGGCAACAUGGAGACUGUAUCUCUUUGCUGUCAAAGUGCCCACCAAGGUGGAGGUCACGUUCAACUUCUUGGAAAUCAGAGCAAUGAACACCUACCCAGAACACCAGGUUGUCAUAGAUACAGACAAGACCACCUACUCGCUGAGACUUCAGAGCCAGGACCAGCUGGAGCACGUGGCCAGCCAUAUCAACUACGCCCUCUCCAGAGUCUUCAACAACUCCAUUUAUGCUCCUCCAAUUUGUCGAGCAGAGGGAGACCUGCCUGAUGGGAGUCACAAGUUUUCACCGAGCUCUGAGUCAUCGUUGGAGCCUCCAAAAACCUGUGGUGGUUUCUCUGAGACUUAUGCUGCUCUCUGCGACUACAAUGGAAUUGGCUGUAAAGAAGAAGUACAAUGGGAUGUUGACACAAUCUACCACUCCCAGGACAACAGGGAGUUCAACUUGCUGGAUUUCAGCCAUCUUGACAGCAGGGACUUGGCAGUGAUCGUGGCAUCCAUUGCGUACAACACCUGGUUCACCAAGCUGUACUGCAAAGACUUGCGCAUAGGGUUGGAGGUGGUGGACCAGGUCCUCCACACAAUCAGCAAGUCUAACAGCCUGGAGGAGCUCACGCUGGAGAAUGCAGGACUCAAAUCGGAUUUUCCACAGAAGAUGGCGUCAGCGUUGUCGGAGAACCCGGCCUCUGUGAUUCACUCUCUCAACCUGGCUCAUAACACACUUGACAACCAAGGAGUCUCCAACCUGAUCCAGCAGGUCUGCCGCCUCAACAAGGGCCUGCGCCUCCUCAAUCUCUCCAAGACCACCCUCUCCUCUAAGGGUGUUGUUUCUUUGUCCCAGGCUCUCUGCUCAAGUGACGACUACUCCAACUCUCUGCUGCAUCUGGACCUCAGUAAAAACCCCGGAGUUCUGUCUGGAGAGGAUGCCACAAACCUGUACCUGUUUUUGGCCCAGCCCAACUGCCUGGUCCAUUUGGACUUGUCUGGGACAGACUGCACCGUGGACUCGCUGUUCGGGGCUCUGCUGCGAGGCUGCUGUGCCGACCUCUCCUACCUGAAUCUGUCCAAGAACUCCUUUUCUCACAGGAAAGCAAGAGACUCCCUGCCAACUUUCCGCCAGUUUUUCAGCUCGGCAUUCAGCUUGGCCCAUGUCAGUCUGUCCUCUAUGAAGGUCCCGCCUGAUUCGCUGAGGGCUCUGUUCCUGGGCCUGUCCAAUAACCCCCAUAUCUCCGACUUACACCUGGACAUCAGCAGCUGUGAGCUGAGGUCAGCCGGUGCGGGAGUGAUUCAGGAGCUUUUCCCGCGGGUUUCAUGUGUGGGGACUUUAGACAUCUCUGAUAAUGGUCUGGAUGUUGACAUGCUGUCCGUCAUCCCGGCGUUCUCCCGCCACCCUUCCCUCAAACAUCUGAUGCUGGGGAAGAACUUCAACCUCAAGGGCAGGGUGCUGGAUGAAAUUCUGCAGAAAGUAGUUCAUUUGAUCCAAGAAGAAGAGUGUGCCUUGCAGUCUCUCUCCUUGGCUGAGUCGAGGCUUCGGCAGCGGGGCACGGUGCUGGUCAACGCCCUGGGCUCCAACGCCUGCCUGCGGAAGGUCGACCUGAGUGGCAACCUCCUGGAGGACUCCGGAGCCAAGAUGCUCAGCAAAGCUUUGCAGAUCAACACAACACUCAGAAGUGUCACAUGGGAUCGAAACAACACCACUGCAAUGGGCUUCCAAGAUGUGGCGAGGGCGCUGGAACACAACUUUACCCUCCAGUACAUGCCCCUGCCCCUUGGUGAUAUAAGUCAGGCAUACCGCGGCGCGCCAGAGAAGACUGACCAGGCAGUGGCAAAGAUCCAGCGCGCCCUUCUCCGGAACAACCAGACUCAGCGAUUCUCUCAGAAACAGGCUCUGCGGCUGCACCAAGGCCUCGUCACCAGCACUGCUGAACAGGUGAUGGAGCGCCUGUGUGUGCGGGUGCAGCAGCAGGUUUGUGUCCUGAAAGGCAGCGAGGAAGGCGAGGACGUCCAGACAGCCAGACAAAUCCUCAAAGAGGCCAGGAACUCCAGAGCUCUGUAUCCGUCCCUGUGCGAGUUGGCCCACGUGCUGUCGGUGGACGGUCCGGUCAAACAGCGCCUGGACACUCUGGCUGGGGAGCUGGCCAAAGCUGCCGACAAAGAGCUGCAGGUGGUGGUGGACUCCAUGGUGUCUCUGUGCCGCGAGUUAUGUCCCAUGUCGUGCUUGGCUGCGGAGAGACUCAGUCCGCCUCUCUCUUCCAUCUCCGAGCAAGUUUCUAUCCCUCGUUCCGCCAUACGCAACGCCCUGAUGGAAAGAGCAGCUGAGGACAUCAACAAAGCUGUGGAGGAGGUGAAGCUGUCUGUGGUCUCGUAUCUGACCAACUCCAUUGUGGAUCAGAUUCUGCAGGAGCUCUAUAACACUCAUAAAACCCUGUUGCGGCAGGUGUCUCAGGCGAAGCGCUGGGACGACGUCGGGACUGGCAGACGAACUGUCAGACAGUCGAGAUUAGUCGAUUCUCUGGAAUUCCCUGAUGAGGACUUUGGGGUCAGCCUGGGAAUAGAUACCAUGGCUAUCAAGAAGCGGAGCGCGAGAACGAGAAGAAUUCGUCCCGUCUCCACCAGAAUGAGUUUAGGUGAUGAGGCCAGUCCCUCCCCUACACCCUCGGCACCUCCACAUUCUGCCUCCCUAGCACACUCUGCAUCAUGGGAGUGUCUGUCCACCCUCCCCACCAACGGCUCGCCCUUGCGACACGUGACCCACGUCAGGCCGCGGCCGCCGCGGAGACACAGAGCUGCCAACAUCCCCCCUGAGUCUCACUGCUCCGAGAACGGAGGAGUCAGUAUUCUGGAGGAUGGACUGCCCGACUUCUACAGCAAGAGAGUCCUACCCGACAGUCAGUUGUCAUCCCUACAUCAGGCCCAGUCCCUGAGGAGGAAGAAGAGGCGCAGCGUUCUGUCCAUCUUCUCCGGCUUCCGCAAGAACCGCAACUCCACCAUCUCUAAUCAGGACUCUGACGGGGCUUCAGAGAAUGUCUACUCAAUGAUCCAGCACCCUAAAGACAUUGUGAGGCCUGAGAGCGCUGUUUCCGGAGCCAACGGGUCCAUGCCUUCACCUCGACAAACUCAGGGUGCAUCUGUUCGUGGAAUGAGGACCGCCAGCCCUCCCUGUCUCAUCCAAAGACAAUCCACCGAUCUGGUCAGCAUGGUGUACAGCUGUAUUGGAGCAGAAAUCGAGGACUCUGAUGGCAGCAGCACGAGUGACUGCCGAGCAUCAGACUACGAUGUGGACAGAUCGAUCACGGAUGCCCCGGCGGACAGUCGUAGCAACGGACAUGUGCUGUCCUCCAAGCAGCAGGCGGACAGACAGAUGGAGACGCUCAGGCAGGAGAGGAUUGUGCCUCUGACAAAGUCACGAAGCGAGAUGGAGGAGGACGCGCAAAGUUGCGGCAGUGAUGCUGUGGACCCGAGUGGACUGAGGCCAAAGCCACCUUCACAGAGCAGCAAGCCCAGCCUGGCCGCGAUGAGGCAGAGACACCUGCAGGAGAGCCUAGAGGAGGCAGGUAGGCUGGAGGGAGGAGACCAAAGUGAAAAAAUACAAGAGGAGAAGCAGAGAGCGAGAGGUCCGGAGGGCCAGCGUCCUCUCAUUCCCAAAAAGUCCACCAUAGACCUCUCCAGAGAUAGGACCUCUCCGGAAAAGACCAAGGCCAUGCCUAAAACGUCACCUGGCUCUCCAGGAGGAGAAGAUAUGGAUAGUCAGAGGAGUUUGCCUCCUAGUCAGCCCAUCAGUGAAGACGAGGAAACCACUGAGAGGAAGAGUCCAUCAUCAUCAUCCAUGAAGCCUGUCAUGGAGUCAGCAGAUCCUGCAGUCGUCAGUCACGAUGAGGACGGAGCCCGCAAUGGAUUUCCAGCAGCAUCACAUCACACCAGGAAGUCCAACUCGUUUGACACAGGCAUGGGACAGGACAUCCCUUACGAUCUGGAGAGGUCCUCAGAUCGCAGAUUCCCUGUGAAAAAGCCCUGUUUCCCCCAGUAUAGAAACAGAUCUCUGGACUACCCUGCUGGGACCGGGUGUUAUGAAAGCCCCCGGCUCGGUAACAGAGAAGGAUUAUGACGUCCACUGAGGAGCGGGAGGAGUCUGCUGGAGACUAAACACUGGAACACGGAGGACUGGAGCGAGACAAGUUUUUAAAACUGUGUGAACUUGGCCAAUUGGGACUCACCAGGAGUUUCUUCUUCUUUUAAUCCAUUUUGUGCUGAAAGAUGCAUGGACUGCAGAAUUCUGUAUACUUUUUUUAAAAUGAUUAUUAUUUUAACUGCUUGCACUUAAAAUGGUUUCGUCAUGCAUCAGGGGAAGCCCUAAGGCUCAUAAAAACUAACUGUAGUUUUGUGUCUCUUCAGUAUGUUUAUGAACAGUUGUUUUAUGCACUCGUGCAAAUCAUUCAAUGUUGAAAUGUUUUUUUGUUCCGUCCCUGUUUUAUUGACAAUCUGUUACUAUUGAAAGUGAGUUUGUACUUUUUAUUUAUUUGAAUGUAGAUAAUGAAUCAAAACCUGCACUAACCAUUGUGGUAAAGCCACCAGUUAACGGUCAUGUUUUUAUUUAUGAUAUUUGAUAUAACUGUGUUUGUAAGUAUGCUUUUGGUGUACGUUGAUGACUGAGAAAUGUGAUACCAUGAACUUAGCUCUCCCAUCUCUUCAACAGUAUUAAAAUUGGUCAGUGGCUUGUUUUAAUCUGAGUUUCUGGACCAGGAAAUGAGUAUAUUUUCUAAAGAUGCUUCUUUGAAUCAGAAUAAAUAAAGC